CGUCUUCUCCAGUACAGCAAGAGGCGCUUCAGCUCUUUAAUCCGCAGAUAAACUCCAGAAAGAAAUGUUGAGACAAUGAUUAUGAGAUGUGCUGUGCUGUAAAUCAGUAGGAACUGAUCUGUCCAUGCUGAUAUACUGAUGAUUUCAUCACAGAAAUCUCUCAGCUGAAGAAAGAGGUGGAGACAAAGCUGAGGUCAAGAGGAGAUUUAACAAUGAAACGAGAGGAUGUGGAUUGUUGUGAAUCUUCAGUGUAUGUGACUGAUGAUGGGAGUCUGGAUUCAGUGUGGAUGAGCAGAGAUCAGAGCCGCACACCACAGACACUGCUGGACUCUAAACUCUCUGAAGAGAAAUCCAGACACACACAGGACUCCGAUCUCAGUCUGACUUUACUCUGUUAUACUGAGUCAAAGCUCACAGACACUCAGGACACUACAGUGUGUUACAGUAAACAGAGCUUACAGGAGGAUCAAACCUCCACAGAGUCUCUGGAUUCUGUCUGUAACGCUGGAGAACAGCAGCAGAUCCUGCAGACCAAACUGAAGAUGUGUUCAGUUAAACUCAUCGACUGCACGAACCUCAUGAUGAUUAAAACUGAACCCACAGAAAUCAAAACUGAACCCACAGAAAUCAAAACUGAACCCACAGAAAUCAAAACUGAACCCACAGAAAUCAAAACUGAACCCACAGAAAUCAAAACUGAACCCACAGAAGAGGAAGAUUGCACUGAUGAAGAUGUUGAUUUUAUUACAUCAGAUGUGAAGAGUGAUUCAUGUUUGGAUAUAGAAAUAACGUCCUCAACAUCAAAAGAGCGACUGACAGCACAAACUCUUUCCUGCAUCACCUGUGAAAAGACAUUCAGCUCACAGAGACAUUUAGAGAGACAUGAGAGAAAACACACAGAACAGAAACUCUUCACCAGAUCUGAGAUCAGCUUUACUACCUUACAAGAGAAGAGACUUCAUUCAGAAGACCACAAAGAGAAGAAGAAGAAGCAGUUUCACUGUGAGCAGUGUGGGAGGAUUUGUGUCUCUUCCUAUAAACUAAAUGUUCACAUGAGGAUACACAGUGAUGAAAAGCCUUUCAACUGCACUGAAUGUGGAAAAUACUUCAGAACAAAAAAAAAUCUUAAAGUUCAUCAGAAAAUUCACACUGAAGAGAAACCUCAUCACUGCAGUGUCUGUGGGAGGAGUUUUAAUCAACAGACUUCAUUACUAAAUCACACGAGACUUCAUACAGGUGAAAAACCUUUCAAAUGCUCUCAGUGUGACAAGACGUUUGGUUGUUCAAGUAACUUAAGAGUUCAUCAGAGAGUUCAUACUGGAGAGAAACCUUAUCACUGUAGUGUCUGUGGGAGGAGUUUUAGUCAACAGACUACAUUACUAAAUCACAAGAGAGUUCAUACAGGUGAAAAACCUUUCAAAUGCUCUCAGUGUGACAAGACGUUUGCUUGUUCAAGUAACUUAAAAGCCCAUCAGAGAAUUCAUACUGGAGAGAAAUCUUAACACUGUAAUGUUUUUGGGAAAAGUUCAUCAACAGUCAAACUUUGAGCUUUAAGCACCAGUGACCUUAAUAAGGUUAUGACACCUUUAAAUAUUGUUAAAACUUAAUAGUAAAAAAAGAACAAAUAUUCUAAUUAUGAGCAAUAUUGCAGAUAAAUAGAACAGAACAAACAAACAAUUGAAAUAAAACUGCUGCUUAUGUUUUUAUAUUAAUCUAACAGUACUGUAUUAUGGAGGACUAAAAAUGACUUAAAGGUCCCAUAUUUGAAAGUUUUAUUUUAGGUUAUGAUGUCCUUAUGUUAUUUUUUUACUCACUUUCAUGUUGUUUGUAACAGUUACAAACCUGUAUAAAUUUCUUUGUUCUAAUGAACACAACGAAACGAUUUUGAGGAAAGUUUGAAAUCAAGCUAUUUGUGAUCCCCAUUCGCUUCCAUAAUAAAAAAAAAACAUUUCUAUGAAAGUGUUGUUUUUUGUUGUUUAUGAGUGAAAUACACAUUUGAAAUAACGUUACUCAUGGAGGUAAACUAAAUGUUAGUUUCUGUACUCUAAAUGGGCCGGUGUCUGUAACUUAAAAAAAAAAGUUUGAUUUCCAACAGAUAUUUUAUCUAAACUUGUGGCUACCAACGACUUUAGCAUUACAAAACAACCCGUUAGCAUCACAUAUUCAUUAACAAUAUAUAAUUUCAGUUUUCUCUGGCUUAAUAAUGUAACUUAAAAAGAAGGCUGCAUGAUAAAUCGCAUGGGAUUGUCUCGCGCAUCUCGUCAGUAAAGCGGCAGCCGGUUCAGAAAGCAGGGGCCUCAUUUAUAAAGCGUGCGUAUGCACAGAUUUGAUCGUAAAGUGUGCGUACCCAAAAAUCCAUGGCAAAGUCCAUAUUUAUAAAAACUGUCUUUGACAUGGAAAUGUGCUUGGCGCCACGUCAGGGUCUGAGCAGACGUACACACUUUUGCUUGUCCGAUUGCUGCAGGUUUUUGGAAAAUAAGCCAUUCUUGCUGCUUGAAAUUGGGUUUAAACAUUGACAAGGGCUCUUUUAUAUGUCUGACAUUAAUUACGCAUUAUUUAAAGGCAAAGAUCUGAAACUGCUCGGCUGCGCGCACAAGUUCAACUUCAUUUGCGAUUUAUAGAUUUGAAAGGGGUACGCUCGUUUUCUGCGUGUACGUUCGGUUUAUGAAUCACACGUACGCAUUUUUAUUAAAUGAUUGUAAGAUCAAAUGUAGGCUGCGUCCGAAAACUCUAAAAUGCUGCCUUCUGAGGCAGCUUUCCAGGGCAGCAAGGCAUCAAGGCAUGUCCGAAUUCAAUGUUUGGUUUACUUCCUGUCUCCUGAGAUACCUAUGCGUGGACGUACAUUAAGAAUGUGAUUGGUCGAGUCCGGUCGAGUUCGAAAAAAUAAAAUGGCGGCCAAGGACGCGACUGGACCACCAAUUUAGUGUAAAUAAAAGUAUAUUUUCACUUUUUACACCUUUUAAUUGCAUUUCUAGCGAGAAAUUAGUAUUCAAAUAUGUGAUUAGUUAUCACAAAGGCGCUCUCUGUUUAAAUUUCAAACAUGCUGCCUAGAAGUGUGUCUGAUAGUCUUUCUCUGAGCUACCUUCAUGCCUCCGAAGUCAUUUUCUCAUGAGGCAGCGAGGCAACGAGUCACUGCCUUGAGUUUUCGGACGCAGCAGUAGGAUGGUUUUUAUGCAGCAUUUUAUAAAUGAGGCCCCAGGUGAUGGCGCUUUACUAUUAAUCUAUGGCAGGUUAUCCAUAUGGCGGAUAAAAUGUGCAAAUAAACGUCCAAUUGACAAAUGGCUAAUCGAACGUUUGACCAAACGUCUUGAAAUUUUAGUGCCUAGCAGCAUGUGCAACCCAUGACGAUAUGACAUGACGUCAUCGUCUUAAAAGUAGCUGGGUUUUUAUGAGGUAAUGUGCCAAGCUAUUAAACAGCGUGUGUGUCCGGAAGCAAAUUAACUGUUCAGAACUAUAUAGAGUAGUAUUAAUUUGUGUUGUUUUUCAUAUUUUAUUUACACAUUUAUUAUUUAUAUAACACAUUUGUCUCUUUUAUAAACUCUUUUGUUAUGUGUCAAACUUGUUUAUUGUAUAUUGUGUGCUAUGUGAUUUUACAAAUAGGUUUAAAGUCUUAAUGUCUUGGGACCAUAAUGUCAUUAAUUGUCAAUUAACUUUGCUUGGUAUUAAAAACACUGAGAAAGGAACUGUUCAGAUAAUAAAUGCUUUGUUCAUUUUUACAA